AUGCCAAACUGGAGAGACGAAUAUCUCUCUUCCCUCCGGGAAUCAGAGCUCAACAACCCCGUAAACAUGGAGCUCGUCCAAGCCUGCUCACAAAUGGCAGACCGCAUCUCAUCCCUAGAAGCGGAGAAGCUCGCCCUGGAAUCACAACUCGCCGGCCUAGGCACCAGCCGGACAAGAUCACCCUCCCUCCAGCCCAGCCAGGCGGCAGCCAACGACCCAGGCAUCGCCCAGCUGAGGCUCGACCUAGCCGAGGCCUUGCGCUCCAAAGGCGUCGCCGAGGCGCGGCUACGGGCCGCGGAGGAGGAACUAGAUAAGCUGCGCUUGAAAACGAAGCAGGACUCACGGACGAUCAAGGACCUCACUGCUGAAAGGUCACUCCUCGCCACCAAGGUGCAUGAUCGGGAAUACGAGCUCAAAGAGAAACGAAAACUAGUCGAGCAAGUCCAAGAUGAAAUGAUUGCACUGAACCUACAGCUCUCCAUGGCUGAAAAGGAGAGGGACCGGGUUAAGCGGGAAAACAACGAGCUCAUCGAUCGGUGGAUGAAGCGCAUGGCCCAAGAGGCCGACGCCAUGAACCUCGCAAACGAGCCGACGUCAGGGAAGGGGCGGUAG